GUGUGUUCUAGGAUUAUAAUUAAUUUCGAUUCAUAGAAACUGAUUAUAAGUCGCUAUGGCGGAGCUGGAUAUCGGACAGCACUGUGGCGUUGAGCACUGUGGACAGUUGGAUUUUCUCCCGUUUGUUUGUGAUGCCUGUUCCAGAGUAUUUUGUCUCCAGCACCGAAGCAGAGACUGCCAUGGAUGCCCGGAGGUGACACCCAUCGCAGAUUGUGAGAAAUCCGGAGCAAGCACGCUAUACCCGUGUACAUAUAAAAGCUGCAGCGGGAAGGAAUUGGUUCAAGUGUUAUGUCCGUACUGCGAAAAGCAUUUCUGCUUGGGACACCGUCACCAGCCGGAUCAUGAGUGCGAGAAACUCGAAAUACCAAAACCUCGGAUGUGCGCUACCCAGCAGCUUGUCAGAGAAAUUGUAGAUUCGAAAAAGUCGGCUGCGCCGGCCAAAGGACGUAAGGGAGCAAAGAGCAGCGAGACGGCAGCCAAAGUAGCCCUGAUGAAACUGAAGCUGCAUGCUGUUGGAGAUAAAUCUCUGCCUCAGUCCGAAAGAGUCUAUUUCCAAGUCUACUUGCCCAAAGGCACCAAAGAGAAGAGCAAACCGAUGUUCUUUUGCACGAAGUGGAGCAUCGGCAAAGUAGUGGAUUAUGCCGCUUCUUUAGCAAGCCUCAAAAACGAUAACAAUAAAGCAGCAGCAAAGAAACUGAGGAUAUGCCAUGCGGAGACGGGGCAGGUCUUACCGCUGGAUAACUCUUUGGAAACAUUGAUUUCCUCUUCAGAGAAUCCAUUAUACACCGGCGGUAACAUUAUCAUCGAAUAUCUGGAAAAUGAGACUUCCAUGUUACAAGAUGCCAACUCAUAUUUAAUAUGACAUCAGCAAAGAAUGGGAAGAAGCAACACAAUGAGCUAAUUUGUAAAAUAAAUAUUUUAGAUACAUGCUA